AUGGUCAGGUCAGUCUACCCAGUCAGGCCAGUACCACUGAGUUUCCUUUUUUGGUCUUCCAUUUGCAGUCUGACUUUGACCUGCACUGGAGGCUGGCUUGCAGUAUCCGUACAUUGCAGCUUGGAGCUAGAUGUUCGGACACGAGACAGGCACACGCCAGCAGGGUUGACGGUCGUGACUUCCAAUGAUUCCCUUGGACGUAAAUGGCAGGGCGGGAGGGCUGUGAAGAAGGAGGAAGGGGAGGUCGGUCCACUUCACUUGGGCAGGCACGCUGCACGAAGAGGUGCUGGAUUGCUCUUGCUCAAAACAUACAUAUUUCCGCGCCUUCCUCUGCCGCUCCUUCGGAGCUGCCCUCCCCCCCUUCUGCCUCCCUCCCUUUCGCUGCCUUCCCGUCAAUAUCCUUCCACCCCCGUCCCCCCGGCCGUCCUUGCUCGUCAACCCCCUCCCCGGUCCUUCCUCUUUCACUUUCAAUUGGCAGCGGCAUCAGCAUCAGUCCGCAUCCUUCCAAGGAAAUCGCGACCUUGCUCUCCUCCUCCUCCCUCCUCUUUCCCCUCUUCCCCAUUUCUUCCUACUUUUCACCUUCCUCCUCUCGCUCUAACUCUUGCAAAUUCUCUGCCCUGUCCUUUUGCUUUUUCCCACUUUCCUGUGACGCCGUCGCCAAUCGAUCCCACUUCGUCACUGAGGAUCGACAAUACUACAAUACUCGCGCGGCACUACGGAAUACGCCUUGGACGGAUACUGCCCGCGACCAGGUACCGUCUCGUCUGUACGAACCAAGCGAAGUAG